UCACUGGCGCCCGGGACAUGCGGUUCUGACAGUUUAACCUUACUUUUUGUCUUUCCUGGCAAAGCAGAAAAAUGUCGGAGACGGCCCCAGUUGCUCCUGCAGCUCCCGCACCUGCAGAGAAGACACCUGUUAAGAAGAAGGCAAAGAAAGCAGGCGCAGCUGCGGGGAAGCGCAAGGCGUCCGGGCCCCCGGUGUCCGAGCUCAUCACCAAGGCUGUCGCCGCCUCCAAGGAGCGCAGCGGCGUGUCCCUGGCCGCGCUCAAGAAGGCGCUGGCGGCCGCGGGCUACGACGUGGAGAAGAACAACAGCCGCAUCAAGCUCGGCCUCAAGAGCCUGGUGAGCAAGGGCACCCUGGUGCAGACCAAGGGCACCGGCGCCUCGGGCUCCUUCAAGCUCAACAAGAAGGCGGCCUCCGGGGACGCCAAGCCCAAGGCCAAGAAGGCGGGCGGCGCGGCCAAGCCCAAGAAGGCUGCGGGCGCGGCCAAGAAGCCCAAGAAGGCGACGGGCUCAGCCACCCCGAAGAAGAACGCCAAGAAGACCCCGAAAAAGGCGAAGAAGCCGGCGGCCGCGGCUGGGGCUAAGAAAGUGGCCAAAAGCCCCAAGAAGGUAAAAGCGGCCAAGCCGAAGAAAGCGGCUAAGAGCCCCUCUAAGGCCAAAGCCCCUAAGCCCAAGGCUGCCAAGCCGAAAUCUGCCAAGCCUAAAGCUACCAAGGCCAAGAAGGCGGCGCCCAAGAGGAAGUAAAAAGUUGCAGCGGGACGUCCUGCCUGGAAAAUCUCAAAGGCUCUUUUCAGAGCCACCCACUAAUUUCAGUCA